AUGAAUGAUCCUACUUAUCUUUCACUUUUGAAGAACUUAGGGUGGGAGGAGGAAAAUAAUGAAAACGUUCCAACCACUUCUUCCAAAGAAAAUAAAAGUGCUUCUAAAUACCCUGGUCACUCAUCAGUCUCCUCUGUCACACAGGCCAAUGCCAACUUUGAGACUGGGACAUCUAGAAAAAGUAAGAGUGAUAUUCAGAGAGAACUUUUAGGGUUAAAAGGAAAAGCUCAUGCCCUGAGACGCCGAGGAGAGGUUGAUGAGGCAGAUGAAGUGCUAAAACUGGUCAGAUUGUUGGAGGUGCAGUUGCAAGAAUGGAUGGCCCUUUCUCUUCAGAUGGAUGGCCUCAAUAGCCUCGUCGAAGAUUUAGGAAGCAAAAAUAAGAUCACAGCGGAGAAACCAGAAGUUCGUGAAUCCAUGCAGCCACAUAUUCGUGAGCCAAACUCUACUCAAGCAACUAUGUCUCAACUUGAGUCAAGUUCCUUUGAACAAGAUAUCAUGGCACAUAAGUGGAAGGCUGUAACCUUGAAGAGAGAGGGGAAAUUAGUGGAAGCGAAGGAGGAGCUUCGAAGGGCAAAGCUCUUAGAAAAGCGCAUGGAGGAGGAUAGAUCUCAUCCAAACACUAGCUCUAGUGAUACAUCAGCCUCUGAUGUCUCUUCUGUAGAAAGGAAAGAGGCCAGUCCAAAGUCAGUCUCCAAGCCAUUGUCUGGCCGUGAUCGGUUUAAACUGCAGCAGGAGUCGCUUAGUCACAAACGUCAAGCCCUUAAGCUACGAAGGGAAGGUAGAACGGAAGAAGCUGAUGCUGAAUUUGAACUGGCAAAAGCUCUUGAAUCCCAAUUGCAGGAGUUGGAUGCACAUAAUAAAACAGGGACUUCUGAAAAUGCUGAAUCGGUGGAUGAUGUUAGUGUUGAGGAUUUUCUCGACCCACAACUUCUGCCUGCUUUGAAUUCAAUUGGAAUGGAACACACCAGAACUAAGCCCCAAAGCAUUGAAAGACCUGAGUCAAAUAAAUCUGUGACAUCAAAAUUGGCAAUGCCAAUGAAGAGAGGGAGAGUGCAGUUAGUUGAAAGGAUCACGGCAGAGAAGGUGAAGGCAGUGAGCUUAAAACGUUCUGGAAAGCAAGCCGAGGCCCUGGAUGCUCUUCGGAGGGCCAAAUUUCAUGAAAAGAAGUUGCAGUCCUUAACUUCCCAGUGA